AAACCAGGCUACAACAAGAACACACAUGACAGCGCGUAGAAACAUGACCGCCGUCUCGAGAUUUGUCAAGUCUCUAACAGGACAGGUGGGCGUCAGGUCGCAGAGCACCGUCGCGAUGGACAUAUCCAUGUAUUUAGGCUGCUCUCUGGGAGCUGCUCUUGGAGGUGUGAUCUUUGCAUCCUAUAAACUGGGCUUACUUUACCAGCUCUUUCAUAAGACAGAGAGACAGAGUCCUCGACAUGGAGGAGAGAGUGUGGCAGAGGUUUUGCGUUCUCACGGUGUCAAAUUCGUCUUCACUUUGGUGGGAGGACACAUCUCGCCCAUCCUGGUGGCCUGUGAGAAGCUAGGCAUCCGCAUCGUCGACACCCGCCACGAGGCCACAGCUGUGUUUGCUGCUGAUGCCGUAGCGAGACUUUCUGGUACAGUUGGAGUGGCUGCGGUGACAGCAGGCCCGGGUUUGACCAACACAGUGACCGCAGUAAAGAACGCUCAGAUGGCUGAAUCACCUCUGCUUCUGAUUGGUGGAGCUGCUGCGACUCUCCUGCAGGGUAGAGGUGCACUCCAGGAUAUCGACCAGAUGUCUCUCUUCAAGCCUCUCUGUAAGUUCUGUGCAUCAGUGAGGACUGUGAGAGAAAUAGUUCCCACUGUUAGAAAAGCCCUGGCCAUCGCACAGUCUGGAACACCAGGCCCAGUGUUUAUAGAGUUUCCCAUAGACACACUGUACCCGUAUCAUGUGGUGGAAAAAGAGUUUGCCCCCAAAAACACUCCCAAAGGCCUGAUGGGGAAAAUCAUUGCAUGGUAUCUCAAAAAUCAUUUAUCAAACUUAUUUGCUGGAGCCUGGGAGAGCCGAGAUCUGUCACCCCUUCCUGUUCACAUCCCUCACGCCACAGACGAUCAGGUCCAAAGGUGUGUGGAACUGGUGAGCAGAGCCAAGAAGCCUGUCAUAUUGUUAGGCAGUCAGGCAACUUUACCCCCAACACCAGCCGAUGAUAUCAGAAAAGCUUUAGAGUCUUUAGGCAUUCCCUGCUUUUUGGGUGGGAUGUCCCGAGGGUUGCUGGGAAAGAACAGUCCACUGCACAUCAGACAGAACAGAAGAGACGCAUUAAAAGAUGCCGACCUCGUCCUGCUGGCAGGCACGGUGUGUGACUUCAGACUAAGUUAUGGACGAGUGCUGAACAGACGGAGCAAGAUCAUCGCAGUGAACAGAGACAAAAGUCAGCUACUGAAGAACUCCGACAUGUUCUGGAAGCCAACAGUGGCCAUUCAAGGUGAUGCUGGUUCAUUUCUCCUGAAUCUUUCGAAAGCCCUAAAAGGACACAGAUGCCCAGAGGAAUGGCCGCAGAGCCUGAAAGAGGGAGAUAAUGUCAAAGAGAAAGCUAACAGAGCGAAAGCAGAUGAGAAGACCGAGAGGCAUUUGAAUCCUCUGAGUGUUUUGCACCGUGUGGAUGAGCUUUUGGCUGAGGACAGCAUCAUAGUGGCUGAUGGGGGGGAUUUCGUGGGCAGCGCUGCAUAUAUCAUGAGACCCCGCGGCCCGCUCUGCUGGCUGGACCCAGGGGCUUUUGGGACUCUGGGUGUUGGAGGAGGAUUUGCUCUGGGAGCAAAGCUUUGUCGACCUGAGUCUGAGGUAUGGAUUGUUUAUGGCGACGGUUCUCUCGGAUAUACAGUGGCUGAAUUUGAUACCUUUACACGCCACAAGACCCCAGUGAUUGCUCUGGUGGGAAACGACGCCUGCUGGAGUCAGAUCUCCAGAGAACAAGUGCCUAUGCUCGGCAGCAACGUCGCCUGCGGUCUUGCCUUUACAGAUUACCAUGUUGUAGCUGAUGGUUACGGGGGGAAAGGUUAUCUUAUUGGCCGAGAGGAUGAGUCGCAGCUUGAAGACAUCAUUAAGAAGGCGCAGAAGGAGUGCAAAGAGGGAAAAGCCGUUCUGCUCAACGUCCUAAUCGGAAAGACCAACUUUAGGGAAGGUUCAAUCUCAGUUUAGUGUGCAAUAUUCUGCCUAGAUACCCAAAGUUUUUCUUGUGUUCGGAAUAUACCACAAGAUCCUCCCUUUAAUAUGAAAUUUUGGAUACAGCUGAUUUGAAAAGAGAGCGAAGCAACAAUUAGACGCUCAUGAAAAGUCAUUUUUGUGACUAAUCUGAAUUAUAUGUCAUCCCAAAACCAAAAUAAAUAGCAAUUUAAUUGAAAUCAACGAUGAUAAUUGUCCUCAGCCCAUUAUUAUUAUUAUUAACGUAAAACCAAAAAGGGAGAUGAUAGUUAAAUUAUUUUAUUUGUAUUUAAUCACACUAUGGUAAUAUUUGAUGCGCUCUAUUCGAAUUGAUAACACAAAUAUUGUAUGUAUAUAAAGUUAUAUAUUCAAUUUGUUUUGAUUUGGGCUGAAAUAUGAGCUUGAUGUGUAUUUGAAAUAAUGAAAGUACUUUCUCGUUCAGCGGAAAAGGAGCAAACACAGUGCCUUUACUCUGUAUAUUUGCAUUUGUACUGUAAAAUCAGAAAGCAUUUUAAGAUUUAAGCCGUGGCGGUCGAGUAAAUAUGGACUAAAAUGAUUAUUUUAAAGCACAUAUCACCACUUGAUUACAUAAUAAUGCUGUUGAAGGGUAAAGUGCCUGUAAUUACUGAAUGUGAAACUGAGAAACGGAGGUUUGAUAGGAAGAACUCUGUCUGCAGUUAUUGUGAACAAUAAUGAACUAAAUAAGUUUGAUACAAUGCAAGAAAUGCUUUUCUUACUUAGACUUUUUGUCUUGUUUCUUGUCCCAAUAUCAUACAAGUCUUAAAUCAAGAAGCAUUUUCUAGACAAGCAUAAAAGAUUGUCUUGUUUUUAAAAAUAAUAUCAAAAUUAAGUAUUUUCCCUUUUAACAAGCAAAAUAUCCAUCUGCCAAUAAGAUAAGAAAAAUUAUCUUGUUUUUGCUUUGAAAUAAGAUUUUACUUGCCCCACUGGCAGAUUAUCUUGCUUGUUUUGAGGAAAAGGCUUCAUGGUUCAAGAUAUUUGGGUUAGAAACAAGACAAAAAUUCUAAGUUAGAAAGGCAUUUUUAAAGCGUAUCUAAUAAAACCUAAACCAAAGUAAUAUUCUCACUCACUUUUGAAAAUGCAGUGUUGUGUUUUUGCAGACCUGAAUAUACCUUUAAUGCCUCUCCUUGGUUUGUGAUGGAUCUUUUUGGCAUCAUCCACAACUUCCUGAUGCAAUAAACUAAUUUAAAGAACAA